UUCUGUGAAAAAGCCAACACGGAAAAGAAAAAGAUCAGUCAUUUCAAUCCUAAUUUAUCAAGUUGGAGUUUUAAUAUCAUAAUUUCCACCAAACAGAAUUAUCAGAAAAAGAAAAAUGAAAAUCGAUAUUUGUACCUGCUGGGUCUAGAGGGCGGUGCAGGUGAUUGAGGAAAACCCUAAGACUAAGGAAGGGAUUAUUUAGAAAUUUACCGACUAUUUGCGCCGGGCGGAGAAGAUCCGAGCUGCGUUGGAUGAGGGUGGGACCGGGCCAGGUCAGAAUGGAGGGGAUGCGGCUGUGGCGACAAGACGAAGAUGAAAACCAAGGAUGGCGAAGAUGGGGAGGAUUCUAAGGCUAUCCUUUUAAUUAGUUUUAGGCUAUAAAAUGCAUACUACAAUUUUGUAGCUAGGGGUUGAUAUUAGUUUCUACUGACCGGCCAUAAAUGAAGUUUGCUCUUAUUUAUCUCACUAUAACCCAUUGGGCUGAUCGGUAGGCCCAAUUUAGAUUUCCCAUUCAAACGGGUCAAAAGCUAACAUAAUCCGUGUCAAUGGCGUUUGAGCUAAAAAUAUCAACAGAAACAUGAGAUCAAGUAAAGAAAGCAAAAGGAAAAACAAGUAUGCUUCAUCCCCAACAAGAACCCGACCCGUUAAACCCUCAGGACCCGACUCAAGACCUCCCUAUUCCAGGCUAUCUCCUCCACCAUCAGCUGCUCUCCUUGAGAGUGAAAUUGUCACUGAUUCAGACUUGGCUUUGUUUGAGAAGCUUGAAAUUUCUUCUAAUAACAAUCCAAGAAGUUUCUCGUAUAGUGUGAAGCAGCAGUGUUGGGAGAAAGCGGAGAAAGUGAAGGGUAGAGACCCGGACCGAUGGCGCCGCGACCCGUUGGGGAACAUACUGUUUCGGAAGCUUGUGGGUUGUCCUGGUUGUCUAUGCCAUGACUAUGACCAUAUUAUUCCCUAUUCCAAGGGUGGACAAAGUACAUUAGAGAAUUGCCAGGUUCUGCAGGCGACAGUUAAUCGAUCCAAGGGGAAUCGAACUGAUAUAUCAAAAGCUGAACUUAUUAAGAGAAGUUCUUAUUGUCGGGUUUCAGGUCAUGACAUGGAUCUUCUUGAACUUUCUGCCUACGGCAAUGUCCGUCAUGCGCAAGAUUCCGGGGGAUGUAAAAUUCAGUGAGUCAUUAAUUAGAUAAUUUCAGUAUUACAAUUUCUUUGUACAAGAUACUCAAGAAUGACAUUGAUACACUUCUGUUCCUUAAUCAAAGGAAAGGGGGUCUGUUUGAAUUUAGGCCUAAUAUUCGUGUAUCAAAUUGCCCGCAGUUGUUAACUCACAAUUGUAGCUAGCUUCAUGAUCCUUGCUACUUGUAUUUAUUCUCUUUACAAAUCAAUUAAAGCUCUUCACUACUUCCACUCUCA